AGGGUGCAACCAUUUAUUGUAUUUAGUGGGAGAAACCAUGAUGGAAUCCGAUUUUUUAUUUUUUUUAUUUUAUUAUUUUUUUAUGUAUUGUCUAGGACUGUAGCGCAUUAAAUGUGUUUCAGGUAGGUUGCCUUUUUAAAAUAACUCAUUUUUGCUUGUUUUUGCUCUGAUUAAAUAUGCAAACUACAAUCCCCACAACGCAUUGCGGUUUUUGGCAGCGUUUCUUGUCGACGUGGGAAGGGAGGGAUUCGGACACAAACAAAUGUCUACAGGGUUUGCAGUUGGGGGGGUCGUUAAAAAUGACCGUGACAUGCUAAGCUGAAUAAACACGAAGCGGCUCAUUUUGUACAAUGUGGCUCAAACCUGAAGAGAUUCUGCUGAAGAACGCGUUUAAAUUAUGGGUCACCGAAAAGGAUAACGAGUAUUUCGUGCUGCAAAGGAGACGAGGGUACGGAGAAGGUGGUGGCGGUUUGACAGGCCUCCUUGUGGGAACUCUGGAUACGGUGUUGGACUCCACAUCCAAAGUUGCUCCUUACCGCAUUCUGCACCACACUCCAGACUCACAAGUGUACUGGUCAGUAGCAUGUGGUGUCACCAGAGAGGAGAUUUUCCAGCACUGGGAGUGGCUGCAGCAGAAUAUCAUGAGGACACUGUCUGUGUUUGACUCCAGUGAAGACAUCACCAGCUUUGUCCAGGGCAAGAUACGAGGCCUUAUUGCAGAGGAAGGAAAGACCUCUCUGGUGCUGGAAGAUGAUCCAGAAAAAUUCCGAGAAGCACUUUUGAGGUUUGAAAAGUGGUUUGAACUCCCCCCAGAGGAAAAGCUGGUCACCUAUUACUCAUGCAGCUACUGGAAAGGCAAAGUACCCUGCCAGGGCUGGCUCUACCUCAGCACAAACUUCCUCUGCUUCUACUCCUACCUUCUGGGAGCUGAGGUGAAACUCGUCAUCUCCUGGGACGAGAUCUGGAGGCUGGAGAAAACCUCCAACGUCAUCCUGACGGAGAGCAUCCAUGUUCUGGCUCAUGGAGAGGACCACUAUUUCUCCAUGCUGCUGCAUCUCAACGAAACCUUUUCUAUUAUGGAACAACUGGCGGACUAUUCCAUCAAGCGUCUUUUCGAUAAAGAGGCAUUCGAGAGGGAGCCGGCACUCUCAGACCCACUGCAGAUUACCAAGAGAGGCCUUGAAGCUCAUGCGAAGAGUCAGCAGUUCCGGACGUUUUUUCGUCUCCCAAAAGAGGAAAACCUGCUGGAGGUUCACGAGGGCUUCUUGUGGGUGCCCUUCAGCCAUUUCAACACUCUCGGAAAGAUCUGCCUGUCUGAGAACUACCUGUGCUUCGCCAGUCAGGAUGGAAGCCAGUGCCAUGUCGUCAUUCCAAUGAGGGAGGUUGUCAACGUGGAGAAGCCAGACUCCGGCAGCAGGGCUUUGACCGUCUUCGUACGUGGAAAAAAGGCGCUGCGUUUCUCCGAGGUGCGGGACUACCAACGGCUGGCGAACACCAUCCGCAGCAGGUGUGGGAUCAGCGCCAGCCCACAGCACUCUGCGUCACCAGAGGCCAUACGAGGAGAGUGUCAGUCCCUCAUAAAUCACUUUGAGGAUAAUCCGGAGGACGUGACUCUCAUGGUGGGACAGAAAGACAGCAGCAAGGCUGUGAGCACCGAGGCUCUCAUGACAGUUUUCCACCCUCAGGACGUUGAAAACCUUGAUCCUAAAAUGCUUAAAGAGAAGAUGAAGGAACAGUCCUGGGACAUCCAUUUCUCUGAAUAUGGCCGUGGAACCAGCAUGUUCUUCACCAGAAAGACCCGAGAUUUAAUUGUUCGUGGAGUUCCAGAGUCUUUGAGAGGAGAAUUAUGGAUGCUGUUCUCAGGAGCUGUGAACGACAUGGCCACUCACCCCGGAUAUUACACCGAGCUGGUGGAGCAGUCUCUGGGCACCAGCACUCUGGCAACGGAUGAGAUCGAGAGAGACCUCCACCGCUCCCUACCUGAACAUCCCGCCUUCCAGAGCGACACGGGAAUCUCUGCUCUGCGCAGAGUCCUCACUGCCUAUGCCUACAGGAACCCCAAAAUCGGAUACUGUCAGGCCAUGAACAUCCUCACUUCAGUCCUGCUGCUGUAUGCAAAAGAAGAGGAAGCUUUCUGGCUGCUGGUAGCCGUUUGUGAGAGAAUGCUCCCAGAUUACUUUAACCGCAGAAUCAUCGGUGCUUUGGUUGACCAGGCUGUGUUUGAGGACCUGAUCAGAGAAAACCUCCCUCAGCUGGUGGAGCACAUGACCGACCUCAGUUUUUUCUCGUCCGUGUCGUUGUCCUGGUUUCUCACGCUUUUUAUCAGCGUCUUACCCAUAGAGAGCGCUGUGAAUGUGGUGGACUGUUUUUUCUUUGAUGGCAUCAAAUCUAUCCUGCAGCUCGGUCUGGCUGUGCUGGAUUACAACAUGGAGGCUCUGAUCAGCUGCAGUGACGAUGCGGAGGCCGUCACCAUCCUGAACAAGUUUUUUGAUAGUGUGACAAACAGAGACAGCCCGCUGCCACCAACAGUGCAGCAAGCUUUAGUGGGCAAUAACAGUAAAGCAUCUCACGUCGGUGUGGAUAUCAGUGAGCUGAUUCGAGAGGCCUACGAGAAAUAUGGAAGCAUUCGCUCAGAGGAAGUCGAGAGCUCACGGAAAAGAAACAAACUGUAUGUGAUCCAGACGCUGGAGGACACAACCAAGCAGAAUGUGAUCCGAGUGGUGUCCCAAGAUGUCAGAUUCAACAUCACACAGCUUGAUGAGCUUUAUAAUCUGUUCAAAAGGCAGCAUUUCCUUAGCUGCUACUGGACCAUGAAAAGCCCGGCUCUGCUGCACCAUGACCCCAGCCUGGCCUAUCUGGAGCAGUACCAGCUGGGUUUCCAGCAGUUCAGUGAGCUCUUCUCUCUGCUGGAGCCCUGGGCUUUUUGCACCUACAAGAGCAGCCUCUCCCUCUGGGUGUUCCGCCUCAUAGAUGAGAACCAGGACGGUCUCAUCAACUUCAAAGAGUUCUGCUGUGCUCUCGACACUUUAUACUCCGGCUCGUUCACAAACAAGCUGAAGUUUCUCUUCAAGCUGCAUCUGCCCCCAGCCUUCACAGGCAGCCCUUUGCACUCAGAGAAGCAAAGAAUCCUGCACUAUGUUCCAGUGCCUGAAGACUCUUCUCACUUGACUAGACUUUCUGCCUUUGACCUCCCAGAAGACGGUGUGAUUAAGAAAAGUCCGGAGAGAGGCAGGGGGAGGAUUGACCUGCAGGCCUAUCUGAAGCAGUGGCAGAAUGAAAUUCUUAAAAAGGAGGAAACUAUCAAGGAUCUCCCCAGGAUCAACCAGACUCAGUUCAUCCAGCUCUCCAAGACCUUCUACAACAUUUUCCAUGGCCAUCCAGAGGAAGAGUCUCUGUAUCGAGCCAUCGCCCAUGUGACCAGCCUCCUCCUGAGGAUGGAGGAGGUGGGACGGAGGCUGCAGGAGCCAAGCAGCCCGUCGGAGUCCGAAAAGGCCGCCGGCACAUCCCCCGCAGAAGACUCUUCCACCGAGCAGGGUGCCGUCACCCCGGAGAGCUGCGACAGCUCCCACAACAGCCAGGACGCAGGGUCUGAGCUGUCGGACACAGAGUGGUCCUUCUCCUUCGAGCAGGUGCUGGCGUCUCUGCUCAAUGAGCCCACUAUAGUCGACUUCUUCGACAGGCCCCUCAACGUUCAGACCAAACUGGGACAGGCUCGGGCCGCCCAGCUCAAGCUGAAGGCAAACAAGGGAAAAGAUUCAAAAGGGAACUAAAAACUUGAAGCUCUCACUCACAGGCUACCAUGAGUUUUCACCUUUCUGUGUUGUCCAGAAGUCGACUUUGCCACUAAGAGUUUAUAAAAUAAUAAGGAAAUUAGCAGAAAUAGCUGCUAAAACAUAAAACACACACGGUAAUAAUCCACCGUCUAAAUGUUUUUCCAUCUUGAUGCAAACAUCUCUGUAGGCAGAGGUCCUUCCCACAUCUGAAUAUGCAUUUUUUUAAACUUUGUGGUCUGAUGUAGCCGCUCGUGGUCUAAAUUUCAACGUUUUUGUAUCAUCUGCGUCCAGAGGAACAGAAGGAAAUCACAUUUCUAAGGCAGAAAAAUAUCUUGUGUUCUCAUUCACGUUAGCUGCUUCAAAGGUAAAACAGAUGCUGGUAGGUUCUGUGUCUUCACACGUUUUUAAGAGAAUAUAUUGUGAGAAACACCAGCUUAGUUAGGACUAUACUGUAGUGUAGUGAGCUGGAUAUUAGUGUUCCUGGAAGCCAUAAAGGAAUCAGAUUUUCUGACUUAUUUGGAGCAAAAAAAACACUAAAAAAAUCAUGGAACUGCUGUUAUAUGCAUUUUCUGUAAACGAAGAAAGGGGGGCUGCAGCGUCGCAGCAUGAGGUUGCUGCUUUAUGUCUUUAGUUGUAAGUAAAGUUCCACAUUGCUGCUGCAUCUGCACACACUGAAGUCUAGGAUUCAUGCUUUGGUUUGUGCAGCGUUUUUAAGGUCAGUGUAGUAUGCAUUAUAAAAUGUAUUUAUGAGAGAAAAGUGACUAAAGCUUAUUGACUGUUGCUGAAGGAUAUUUAGUUCAUCAAAUCUCAGGGUGAAAUUUGUCUAAAGGCAAAGUGGGAAAUAUAAUUAUAGGACAGCUUAUAUGUAAGAGUAAAAUAUAUGGAGCAUGUUUAGCCCAGUUGCAGCACGGUGGUACACUGCUGUUACUUUCUACAGCAUUUCUUUUUGCCUCCUGUCUGUUCGCGUGCUUCUGUCUGUUUGAUUUGCACAGCUGUUUUUAGACUGGCAGGCUGAAGACGGGCCCGUUUCCUCAGCGGCGUGGGACUCCUGAAGGUUAUGACCGCUUCAGCUGCAGCUCGUCAUCUCUAGGGGCCAAAUCUCUGACUAUAAAGCUUUACAGAAUAUCUGCUCCUCAUGGGAAUGAAGUCAUUUAGAUGUUUCUUAAAUGCAAGUUUUAUUAUUUGCUAUCUAGUAUUUUUUAAACUCUAAAAAUACUGAGUUGCUUAAAGUUGUCUGGGGUAAUUAUUUCUUUAUGAAACGCAAAUAAAGAUAAAACGUUCUCAAAAAUCUGCCACUAUUAACUUAUUUAAAGUUAAUGAUUUAAUCAAAACAGUUGAACAUCACAUGUUGGAUGGAUUAUGGUCUAAUUCCCUUAAAAAACCACGACUAAGCAUGGUUUGAUUUAUCCCAUUAUAUUUUAUGACAUUUUUAACAUCUUCAAACUUCCAGACGUGUUAUACAAAUGCAAGUAAAAUCAUCAUUUCCAGGAGAAUGUGCUUGGUUUAUGAUUUAUUGCAUGUUUAUUAAGUUUCUGUGUUCGACUGCAAAAUAAAGCUUUUCAGCUCAAGAUUUAAGAAUGAAAAUGUUGUCUUUUGGUGGCAAAUGUAUUUAGAAUUGGAUGCAAAAUCAUUUUUUUUUACAUUUUUUAAAAUAAAAAUGUUAUUGUGAGAAAUAACCAAAACCUGCAGCUAUUACAAUCUUACAUUUUAAUUUGAACUGUUUUUUUUUUUUGUUUGUUUUUUUUGUGAAGUCCAAUGUAAUUUUUGGUUUACUUGCUUGAAACUGGUUGCUUUUGUUUCUGUAUGAAUGCUCCAGAAUAAAUAAAGUUAACCCUAUAAGUGA